GCGGAGGCUCCAUGUUGGGAAGCGGCGGCGCUCGCCCUCGUUAGCGGGAAUCCGGGCGCGCCGCGGGCAGAGCCGGCGGGAGCCGGGCCCGGAGCGAAGAUGGAGGCCCCGCUGCGGCCUGCCGCGGACAUCCUGAGGCGAAACCCGCAGCAGGACUACGAGCUCGUGCAGAGAGUCGGCAGCGGCACGUACGGGGACGUCUACAAGGCCAGAAAUGUACAUACAGGAGAGUUGGCUGCGGUAAAAAUCAUCAAACUGGAGCCUGGAGAUGAUUUUUCUUUGAUUCAACAAGAAAUAUUUAUGGUUAAAGAAUGUAAACAUUGUAACAUCGUUGCCUACUUUGGGAGCUAUCUCAGUCGGGAAAAACUGUGGAUUUGCAUGGAGUACUGCGGAGGCGGAUCACUUCAAGAUAUUUAUCAUGUUACUGGACCAUUGUCAGAAUUACAGAUAGCCUAUGUGUGCAGAGAAACCUUACAGGGUCUUGCUUAUUUGCAUACCAAAGGCAAGAUGCAUAGAGAUAUCAAAGGUGCAAAUAUUCUGUUGACAGACCAUGGUGAUGUAAAAUUAGCUGACUUUGGUGUGGCUGCAAAAAUAACAGCAACCAUUGCAAAGAGAAAAUCUUUCAUUGGCACCCCUUAUUGGAUGGCCCCGGAAGUUGCAGCAGUGGAGAAGAAUGGUGGCUACAACCAGCUCUGUGAUAUCUGGGCAGUGGGAAUAACAGCAAUUGAACUGGGGGAACUUCAACCACCUAUGUUUGAUCUUCAUCCAAUGAGGGCUCUCUUCUUAAUGUCAAAGAGCAAUUUUCAGCCACCAAAACUAAAGGACAAAACAAAAUGGUCAUCAGCUUUCCAUAAUUUUGUCAAAAUAGCACUAACCAAAAACCCAAAAAAAAGACCAACUGCUGAAAGACUUCUGACACAUACGUUUGUCGGACAGCCAGGUCUCUCUAGGGCAUUAGCAGUUGAACUGUUGGAUAAAGUGAACAAUCCAGACAACCAUGCACAUUAUACUGAAGGAGAUGAUGAUGACUUUGAGCCCCAUGCAAUCAUUCGUCAUACCAUUAGAUCUACAAACAGGAAUGCCAGAGCUGAACGGACAGCUUCAGAAAUAAAUUUUGAUAAGUUACAAUUUGAACCUCCUCUGCGGAAAGAAACAGAAGCACGCGAUGAAAUGGGAGUGUCGUCAGACCCAAAUUUUAUAUUAAAGUGGAAUCCUUUUGUUGAUGGUGCAAAUACUGGCAAAUCAACCUCAAAACGGGCAGUACCACCCCCUCUGCCUCCGAAGCCAAGGAUAAACAGUUACCCUGAAGACAACCUCCCAGAUGAAGAAAGGUCAUCAACCGUAAAACGUUGUCCUGAUUCAGAGAACAGAGCUCCUCAGGUUCUCCGAAGGCAGAGCAGCCCCAGCUGUGGUCCUGUAGAGACUUCUUCUAUUGGUAUGGCUGGCAGUGGCAGCAGCCCUGGCGUGCACACAGCUAGAUACUGUGACCUGGGAAAUGGUGAUGGUAUCUCAAAGCUGAUGAGUGAAAAUACCGAAGGGUCAGCACAAGCACCGCAGUUACCACGGAAGAAAGACAAGCGAGACUUCCCUAAACCAGCCAUCAAUGGUCUUCCACCUACCCCGAAAGUACUGAUGGGAGCAUGUUUUUCAAAAGUUUUUGAUGGCUGCCCUUUGAAAAUUAAUUGUGCGACAUCCUGGAUACAUCCUGACACAAAAGAUCAGUACAUUAUUUUUGGAACUGAAGAUGGCAUUUACACAUUGAAUCUCAAUGAGCUGCAUGAGGCAACUAUGGAACAGUUAUUUCCACGGAAGUGUACCUGGCUAUAUGUUAUCAAUAAUACUUUAAUGUCAUUAUCAGGAAAAACCUUUCAGCUCUACUCUCAUAAUCUUAUAGCUCUGUUUGAACAAGCCAAAAAACCAGGAUUAGCUGCCCAUAUUCAGACUCAUAGGUUUCCAGACCGCAUACUGCCAAGAAAGUUUGCUUUAACAACAAAGAUUCCUGAUACAAAAGGCUGCCACAAAUGUUGCAUAGUCAGAAAUCCAUACACGGGACAUAAAUACCUCUGUGGAGCUUUACAGUCUGGAAUUGUUCUACUUCAGUGGUAUGAGCCAAUGCAGAAAUUCAUGUUGAUAAAGCACUUUGAUUUUCCUUUGCCAAGUCCUUUGAACGUUUUUGAAAUGCUGGUCAUCCCAGAACAAGAAUAUCCUAUGGUCUGUGUAGCUAUUAGCAAGGGCACCGAAUCAAAUCAGGUAGUUCAGUUUGAGACAAUCAAUUUGAAUUCUACAUCUUCGUGGUUUACAGAAAUCGGCACAGGCAGCCAGCAGUUAGACUCUAUUCAUGUAACACAGCUGGAGAGAGACACAGUUCUGGUGUGUUUAGACAAAUUUGUAAAAAUUGUAAACCUACAAGGAAGAUUAAAAUCAAGUAAGAAAUUGGCCUCUGAGCUGAGUUUUGAUUUCCGCAUUGAAUCUGUAGUGUGCCUUCAAGACAGUGUGCUGGCUUUCUGGAAGCAUGGGAUGCAGGGUAAAAGCUUCAAGUCAGAUGAGGUCACCCAGGAGAUUUCAGAUGAAACAAGAGUGUUCCGUUUAUUAGGAUCAGACAGGGUUGUCGUUUUGGAAAGUAGGCCAACAGAAAAUCCUACUGCACACAGCAAUCUCUACAUCUUAGCAGGACACGAAAACAGUUACUAAGCAACAGAAACGAAUAUCAAAUGACAGGAAAAAGAAUAUAAUCCAUUGAAAGCAAAAGACAUUUUAAGGAAAUUCAGUGCUAACUUCACUAUGAUUUGCUUUAACUGUCAUGGGUUAUAUUUCAAAUUAUCUAUAUUUUAGGGUAGAAUUCAGUAUUUUCUGUAGCUGGAAACAGCUAGUCUUAUCUCUUGCCACUGUGUGGUGGUUUUAUCAAGUUUGCUUAAUAAAAGCUAUGAGACAAAUAGUCCUCAAGUUCCAAGAAACACAGUUGUUUUUUAAAAAAUAAUGUUUGUAACAAGGGUGCCAUGGAAUUUUUAGAUAACUCAUGUGAUUAUCUUCAGAGGGAUAAGUUUAGUGACAUUUUAUCAUUUUAUACUAUGUCUUAUUCCUUCUUUAACAUAAUUUUAUAAAGAAUUUAUCAAACAAGCCUUUUACUUUUACAUCGGCCAUUCUGUAUGUUUUUGUAAAAUAGAAUAUUUAAUCCUUAUUUAUUAAUCUCUUGCUGGAGUGGUGUAAUGUAUCUAACUUUUAGCAAAGGAAGGUUGCAGAGCAGCUUAAGUUUUUUUAUGAUGUAUAAAAUUUUGUUUACUUUUUAAGGGUAGUACUUGGAGGGCUUAAGGUGUGUGUUUUGGGGUUCAACACAUAUAUGCAAUUUCAUUUAACAAAAAUAUUUUGUAAUACAAUUUCAUGCAGAAUUGCCUUAAAAUGGAGUUUUGUUUUUUCAACUACAAAUAGUUGUAUGGCAUCAUAUAGAAGAUAGUGAUGAGGAAAUAUACUUGGAAGGGAUAUAUAUGUCUUGGUGUGACUACCACGUGUAUGGAUUCCUGACAAGCAUAUAAUCUACCUGUGAUUUUUUUUUUAUGUUAGGGAUAAUGCAUAAGAAAUUAAUCUUCAUAUAUAUUAUCAUCCCUAAUGAAGGGGGGGAAGUAUUUAACUACCCAUGGUAUGUAUUUUACUUUUACUAUGCCAGAGGGGAAACAAAGCAAGUACACAUGUAAUCUGGGGGUUUUCACAUACUUCGGUAUUCAUUUUGAGUAGAUUUAAGAAAAAAAUAAUAUUUAAAUAAAACUGAAUUCCUGAUGGGAUAGUAUAAACAAUUAUUGUAAAAACCAGUAUUCUAAAGAUAAGGAUGCAGCCAUUUUUGAGGGUUUUUUUUUUUCUUUUGCUAUUGUUAGUAUUCAAAGUUAAAAUGUUAAAUUCUUCCUGUUAUCUUAAUGCAUUUAUGGAGAACAGCACUGAGAUGGACAAGGGUUACCAAUAGCAAAUAAUAGAAAUUUUCUGACCAGUUACUUAAGAGAAAAACAGUAUGACUAUCUCAUUUGAUCUUUAGCAGUUCUGUCAAUUAAGUAUUAUCAUCUCCAUUUUUCAGCUGAGGAAAUGAGGGUUUAGCAAGUUAAGAGACUUACCCACCUCACACAGCAAGUUAGUGGUUGAGCCAGACCAUGAGUCUUCUGACUCUGUUCUUUUCACUAUGCAAUAUGCAAACAAUAAAAUGUUAUGCCAACAAAAAAAUAAAGCAUCUGUUCUUUAAUGCACACAUGAUACGAAAAUGUGACUACUUGGGGGUGUGUUAAUAGAUUGGACAGAAGGAUCAGACAGAUGGCAGGGGCCGUUCUCAGAACCAGAGAUCAUUUACAUGGUGGAUACAGAAACCAGCAUCUUCCUCCUUUCACUGAAUCCUGACAGGCAUCCCAGCAGAACACUUGAAGAGUCUUCGUGAAACCUGGCCAGUACCAAUGAAAAGACCUCAACAAGAUCUUGACGUCAGAGGCAUCCUGGCUACCCAGGUAGAUGCCACAGUGGAAAUUUCCACAGUGGAAAUCUUAGCAUGCACACCACCCCACGCUGCCAGAGUUUUCAGUCUUUCGGUCCUGUGCUGUGACAAAAUGAGUGAACAACCAAGAGUUACAAGAAACCUGAGGAAAAUCUCUACUUGAAAAGGAGAAAAUAAAUGAAGACAGUAAGGAAAUUUCAGAAGAAAGAGAUUGCAAACAUGAAUUAAGAGCAGAAUACCUCACAAAGAGCUUUCUGGAAGAAAAAAAAAAAGAACUCUUGGAAAAUAACAAUUCAACAAGAAGGCUUAGAAUGUAAAGUUGAGGAAAUUUCUCAGAACAUAAGGAAAAUAAGUGAAAUCUAUGAAGAAAUAAAUGAAAAUAUUGAGGAAAAUCAGUGACGAAAACAGCCCAGGAGGUCCAAUAACUAAUUUCCCAGAGUAGCAAAAAAAAAAAAGAAAAGAAAAAAGAAAACACAUGUUGGGGCUGGCUGGGACUGGCAUUGUAGCACAGUAGGUAAAGCUGCCACCUGCAAUGCUGGCAUCCCAUAUGGGCCCCCCUUCAAGUCCAAGCUGCCCACUUCUGAUUCAUCUCUUUGCUAAUGUUUGGAGAAAGGCAAUGGAAGAUGGCCUAAGUUUUUGGGUCUCAGCACCCAAGUGGGAAACCCAGAUGAAGCUCCUGGCUAAAGCCUGGCUCAGCCCUGGCAGUUGGGAUCAGCUGGGGAGUGAACCAGCAGAUGGAAGUGCUCAUUGUUUCUUUAUGAGCUCUGACUUUCAAAUAAAUAAACCUUUAAGAAAAAAAAGGCAUUAAGUAUUUCAGGAUAUUUUUCCUGUACUGAAGAACACCAGAUUCUAUAUUGAAUGAGCACAAUGAAAAAGACCUACUAAAACAGGAUACUGGAGUCAACUUUUCAGAGACACGCAAGUCAUAUACUAAUGAGAAUUGCUUCAGAUAUCAGCAGAAGCAGUGUCUUCAAAUUCUGAAAGAAGUCUCCAGCCUGAAAUUCACCCCCCGUGUUCCUUUUCUCAUGAAGCUGCUAGAGAAUGUGCUUCAUAAGAGGGCACCAGCCAAGCAAAAUAAAGAUGUAGCAUGUGGAAAAUGGGAUUCAACACAAAUGGCUGUUGGAGCCAUUUGGAAAGAGAAAUAAAAGCAGCCCCAGGUGAUGGUCAUGCAGUUUCACACUGCAUCGGGCAUAGAGAAUAAAAGCAGAAACCCUGGAGAUACUUUCUCAAAACGAUUAACAAUAUCUGCUGCAUCUCAGAUCUUAAGAUUUAGACAUCCAGUAGUGUGAGAGGUUCCUCCUAAAAGAAAUCCCGAGACAAGAGCAGGGGUAAGACAGCUUGUCUUAGCCCAGAAAAUAAGAGUGAGGGAACUGUGAUACAGAGGUGGAGAGGUGGGAAAAGCCAUGGGAACUUGAUUCCACCUGAAAACAGUAAUGGAAAGUCCCAUGAGUCUUGACUAUUACCUCAUGCUUUACCCAAAAAUAAAUAGAUGGAUUGUAAAUAAUCUUAACUAUAAAACUAUAACACUUUAGAAAGAAAACAUUGGGUGGACGUUUGGCCUGGUGAUAUGAUGCAGGUUGGAUUUGCUGAGUGAAUGGGUUUGAGUCCCAGAUCCACUCCCAGUUUUAGCUUCCUGUUAAUGCAGACCUUGGAACACAGCAAGUGAUGAUUAUAGUUUGGUCCCUGCAACCCACAUUGGAGACUUAGAUUGCGUUCAGGGUGCUGGCCUCAACCUGAUCAAGCCAUGGCUGCUGUAAGCAUUUGGACAAUGAGCCAGAAGUUGGGAGUGCUCUCUCAAAUAAAUGAUAGUUUUAAUUUUAAAUAGAAAAUAUCUUUAUGAACUUGAGAUGCGCAAAGAUUUCUUAGAAUGUUGACUAGAAGUAGUUGGUAGGAUGGACUUUAUUAAAAUUAAGAUCCUCAUCUAAGACAACUUUAUAAGCAUGAAAAGACAAGCAAACCAAAGACUAGGAAAAGAGACACAUCAUGUAUACCCACAAAAGACAUACUAGAGGAUACGAAGAACUUAAAAAGGCAGACAACCCAACAAAAAAUGGGCAAAUCCUUUUGAGCAGAGACUCCACAAAAGGUCACAUUGAGAUAGUAAGUCUGUUAAAAUGGAUUUGACUUAAUUGGUUAUCAAAGAAAGAACAGCACCACUACAAAAUAAAACCAUGAUACAGUACCAUUAUACGACCACAAUGGCUAAGAUAGAAGAAAAAAAUAUUGGUGAAACUGGGGCACUCCCACAUUGCUACUGGGAUAUGGUGUACCCACUUUGGAAAGCAGGUCACGGGUGGUUUUUUUUUUUUUUUUUUUUUUUCGUUUUUUUUGUUUGUUUUUUCUUAACAGGCAAAGUGGACAGAGACAGACAGAAAGGUCUUCCUUUGCCAUUGGUUCACCCUCCAAUGACCGCCACGGCCGGCGCACUGCGCUGAUCCGAAGGCAGGAGCCAGGUGCUUCUCCUGGUCUCCCAUGGAGUACAGAGCCCAAGCACUUGGGCCAUCCUCCACUGCCCUCCCGGGCCACAGCAGAGAGCUGGCCUGGAAGAGAGGCAACCGGAACAGAAUCCAGCACCCGACCGGGACUAGAACCUGGUGUGCCGGCGCCACAAGGCAGAGGAUUAGCCUGUUGAGCCACAGCACCGGCCCGGGUUUCUUAAAAUGUUAAACAUAUGACCCAUUAAUUUACCCUACCUAAGAGAAAACAUGUCCACCCAAAACUUGUAUUCAGAUGUACUUAGCAGCAGCAUUCACAACAGCCAGAAAGUGGAAGUAACCCAAGUACCCGUGAACAGGUAAAUGGAUAAAGAAAAUGUGGUAUGGCCACACGAUGGAACACUAUUCAGCAAUAAAAAGGAACAAAGUAUGUGCUACAAUGGCUGCACCUCUAACAUACUAAGUGGAAGAAACCAGUAACAAAAGGUCACAUACCAUUUAUAUGAAAUAUCCAGAAUAGGAAAAAUAUAUUCUGUAUAGAAAAAGUAUAUUAGCAGUUUGCAUGGAGCAGAGGUUGAGAAUGGGGAGUGACCUCAAAUAGGCAUGAGAUUUCUUUUUGAGAUGAUGGAAAUAUUAUAAAUUAGAUUGUGACAGUAGUUGCACAACUCAAGCUUGCUAAAAAAUCAUUGAUAAUGUAAACUGACUGUUUUAUGGUAUGUAAAAUAUACUUUGAUAAAGCUGUUUAAACAUUCAAGAGGGCAGUUAACACUGGAGAAGAUGUCAAUUUCAUUAGAUACCAGAGAAAUACAGAUUUAAAAAAUAAAUAAAUAAAUAAAACCACAGUGUAAUACAAUCCACCAGAAUAGCUAAAAUGAAAAGAGUAUGAAGGGAUGAAGAUAAAAAGCAACCAGAAUGCUUACUCUGUUGGUAGGAGCAGCAACUGUACAAUCACAUUGAAAAACAAACUGAACAUAUUCUUGAUUUCCCAAAAAUUCUGAUGCCAGAUCUACAGCCAAAAGACGUGUUCCCAAAAGUCCAGUACACACAACUGUUCAUUGGCUUUCAUAGGUGCCAAAGUCUGGAAACAAUCUGAACAGCCAUACGACUAGGAAAAAUAAACUGUGGAAAUCACAACUCCGUGCUUCAUCAGAGAGGACAAAGUACCCACCACAACAGAGGUUUCAAUCCAGAACAUUAUGGUGUCCCAUCUAAGACUCCAGACACGCGCUAUAUGUUGUGUAGUUUCAUUUAUAUGAAGUUCAAGAGUAGACAAACGGAUGGUGUUAGGGAAAUGGUUAUCUGAGGAGCAGUGCGGGAAUAAUGGUGGAGAUGGGGGAUGUAUGUAUGGGGAUGCUUUUGAGGUACUGGAGAUGGUCUAUUCCUUUGUGCAUUGUGAUGGAAGACGUGCACUCCUGAUGUAUGCA